AUGCCCUCCUUUCAGUCAUUUCACAGGAGUGCCUCUGGGCGUCAGUUUGUGUGUGCCAACCAGCAAUACCUCAAGGCACUGGAGGAGCUUGGUGAAGAGAGUCAUCGAGAGUUGAAGUUGUUGAUUGCCAACGUGACCUUUGAAGGGCAGCUGUUGGAACUCCUGGAGAUCUCUGGAGACUGGGGCUAUGGAGCUCCGCUGGUAUACACCAGCAUCAAUGGCCGUUUUCCGCACCCUGGGCGCCGCGGCGCUCCCGGGGCCUUCCGUUUGGACUGGGUUCGCGGGCUCUUCCUGCGCUUCACGCGCGAAAAAGGUCCGCAGCGGGUGGAGCUGGAGAGUGGCCAUUUGCGGGACUUCAGCUCAGAGAAGCCCAAGGGCUUCUAUGGCAGGUUUGAGGCCAUCUGCCGGCGCAAGACCUUGGAGCGUGUGCGGCAUCUUUGGGAGGCCCCAGACCAUGCUUCAGACCCAGAAGAGAUCUCCGUGAAGGUGCAAGAGGCAUUGAAAGAGUUGGAGAAUCAGAGCCAGGAAGUGUUACAACCUUGUGAACAUGAGAAAGGAGCUCGGCUGGCGGAAGCGGUCUUAGAGGACAUCAUCAGGGCCAACUGUGAGGACCCAACACCACCACCCGGUCUGGCGAAAGGAGGUGCAUCAAGCCAAAGUUCCUCUUCGGAGGCGCAUGAUGCUGACGAUGACGAAGGGCGGAGUCGCCCGGCCCGGCGCCCGGGCCGUGGGACCCGCGGCUACCGGCGCCCAAAGCACCGUGGCGGUGGUGCGUCACCCGAAACCUUUGCAGAUUCGGCCCACGAUGCGGAUGCUCAAGUUCCAAGCCCCCGGAAUGGGCGGCCACGUCGACCACUCUGGAGCCUGCUGCAGGCCAACAGGACAGGGAAGCUGCAGGCGCUCCUGGAGAAUCUGCGGCGGGAACAACAAGACAUGCCCUCUGACCUUCAAGCUCUGAAGGAGCGCUUCGAGGAGCUGCAAAGCGCCAGUGGGGAGCUCCAAAGCAACGAGCUGCCCUCGGUGGCCGAAAAGCUGGCGUCCGAGGUGGAGCGCCGAGCUGACGACUUUCAGCGACUCAAGGAACGUGCACUGGAGAGUUUGCUACGGAUGAAGCGCCAGGGGAAGCUGGACCGGCUGGCGCAGGAGAUGCGGGCCAAUGUGACUGAACAUCAGGCCGUCGAGGACCACUCCCAACGCCCGCCCGUGCCGGCGAAGCAGCGCGCCCUGCAGAGCUUGUUAGAGAUGAAACGAUCGGGAGAACUUCAACUCUUGGCAGAGGAGAUGGACUCCGCGCAGAAGAAAUUCGAGGCCAAAGCUGCCCAGUUCCGGGAGAUCUCCGCGAAGAUGCGCCGAGGAAUGAUGAACGCCAUGCGGAACGGCGAGCUGGAACGCUUAGUGGGCGAGAUGACCGAAGUCCUCGAAACGCAGGCUGAGAGCAUCCGCUCGCGCGUGCGGAAAGGGAUGCUCCGAGCGCACCGCCGUGGAGAGCUUCAAGAUCUUCGACAGGAGUUCGACGAGCUGGCGGAUGAAGUGCCGUCCAUGACGUUUCCCCCGGCCUCGGUGAAACCUCGCCGGCCGGGUGAAGGAAGCGAUUCGGAUGAGGCCAAGAAGAAGGAGGAAGAUCUCUCCAGCAAUGAGGGCAGUGAUGCGGAGAAGAGCGCUCCAGCGUUGAGCAGUUGGCAGCCAAAGGCAGGGCUGGCAGGGCAAAAUCAUCAUUUGUUUGACGGAUUUUGA